CCACGUUAAACUGCAGCAAAAAUCCGGCACACACUGGUAAAGUCGUCCAUAUAGAUGGCCUCGAGGGCCUCCACCUCCAUGGCCUGCUCCUCCUUGUAAUCUGCCAAUCAAACGACAGCGAAAUCGAUAUCAGUCUCUCGCCCCUUCCUCAGCUUUAUCUUCUGCAUGCAAAAACUACGCGUCGAGGCGCUGCGCAGCUCCGGACAUUACAUUUAUCCAUUCGUACCAGUCAUCUUGAGCCUUGUACGAUGAACCACGAUGGACGAGGACUACAAGCUCGCCAAGGAGGCCUUCGUCUCCGGCCUCCAGGGCACCAGCGCGCGGGAAGUUUUUCUCGUUUUUGCCAUCGCACCGGUGCGCAGUAGUUUGCAGCUGGUUACCCGUGGAACAGAGCUACACUACAAAGAAUUCACGUUGGGAAAUACUAAAACAUGGCGUUGUGGCAUCGUAUCAGGGGAGUCUAUGGCUUUAUUCGGAGCUUAUGCUGCUGCUGGAGGUCGUGGGGAUGCGGCAAUUGGGUGCCAGUAACUUGUGUUUAACGUGACUGACGUGGCAGAACUUGGUGGCGACGAUCUUGGUGGAGUUCGUCGUUACGGUGGUGCCUACGAUGAUCGGUUUUAGUUACGCUGAGUAUGCAGUCCCGCUGCUUGCGGUGGUGUAUUCGUUGGCGACGAUGUUUAGUGCGUUGUCCCGAUUCCAUGCCAAGGAAUUUAUUCGCAAGCACUGCAGGAAGGAGAAGAUGAACCAAUUGCUCGAGAAGGAGCUGCCAUUCCUGACAAAUUUCCGCGCACAGAUUAUGGUCUCUACGUGCUUCGCGAUUUUGGCAGUUGACUUCACGGUUUUUCCUCGGCGCUUCGCCAAGACAGAAAACUAUGGUUUCAGUGUGAUGGACAUCGGAGUAGGUGCAUUUAUCGUGUCAUCGGCAAUUGUGUCAGCUCCUGCUCGAUUAGCCCGUCCUAAGGGUAACACAAAGAGAUCUCACGCUGAGUAUCCCCAUAGUUUCGUGAAGAAGUGCUAUACUUUCCUUCGGCCUAUUGCGCUUGUACUGGUGUUCGGAGUUGCAAGGUUUCUGACAGUGAAAGGUGUCAACUAUCAGGAACACGUGACUGAGUAUGGAGUUCACUGGAACUUCUACUUUACCCUUGCAGGGGUGUAUCUUGUGUAUUCCUUCCUUCGCGUCUUCGGUAAAUGGGCUUCAAGUCCCGUUGUGGCGAUUUUGAUUGCUUUCGUUUACCAGGUGUAUCUAUCGCAUUAUGGCGGUGAAGAGUACAUCCUUGACGCCCCUCGGGACAAUUUGAUGAGCCAGAACCGCGAAGGAAUCCUUAGUCUAGCGGGUUACACCUCGCUCUACAUGCUUUCGGUUUACGCUGGCCAGUGCAUUUUCGGCUACAUGGAUUCCAACGUUUCAAAACUUCACCGUAACAUGAGGUGGCUUACGAUCGCGCUCUUUGUCAUCGGGGGACUGGUUUGGGUCUCAACGUUCCUCUCGGUGCGCCUUGUUGCACGUCCGUCCCGUCGAAUGUUGAACUUGUCGUACUUGCUGUGGGUCAUGGCCGAGUCUCUCACGUUGCUCGCUCUCUACAGCGGGAUUCAAACUGUCUGUAUGCUUCCGAGGGCACCGUUGCUAUUCCAGGGCAUUAAUCACAACCAGCUCUUCGUCUUCAUUGCGGUAAGCUGCCUGUUUGUUGUUUAAAGUGUCGAUAAUUCAACGAUAACAAUGUGGAUACUGUAUUCCAGGCCAAUCUCAUGACAGGAGCCGUAAAUCUGAGCAUGCACACGAUCAAUACCAGCCCAGCUGUAGCCUCCGGCGUACUGCUAGUGUACAUGUUGGCGGUCUGCGUGCUUUCGUCGGUGCUGCAGCAAGCAGGUAUCCGUAUCAAACUGUAGCCAUGUGACCAACAACGUCAAGAAAAUAACAUAAAACAAUAUGUUCCGCCGCCGGGUCUAUGUAAGAUCGUUGGAGCUGCACCACCAAGUAAUGACAGCAAUUCCUUGUUUCGCAGCGAAGCCUUCCCACAAGAGCGCAACAAUAGUAGUCCCAUGUCAUCUUACCUGAGCGUGGCAGCGAUGCCGCUAAGACAGGAGAUGCCGGCCAGUAUUGGCUACAAAGAGGCGUUACCAAGCCGAGGGCCACACAUUUCGAGAGCGAUCUUCCAGCAGUGCCACACCAAUUGUACAUCAACGUAUAACAUUUCAUACCCUGCCAAGAUCGUAGUAAGUCAUCUUUGAUUAAGCCAGAAGUUAGCCUCUAUAUAUCGAUAACUCGUUCAAAC